GUCGUAUCUUUCAUGUCCAUUGAAAGUAGGCUCAGCAGUGGAGGACUGAAACCGUGCGCGUGAAAAAGUGAAGGUUGAGAAGCUAGCAGCUCUAGCUGUGUGUUUAAAAAGAACCAUGGCCUUGAUGGGUGUGCAGCUCGUGGUCAGUCUGCUGGCUGUAAGCAUCAUGCAGAGAAUGGCCCCACACUGCUCGUUUGCCCGCUGGCUCCUCUGCAAUGGCAGCUUGUUCCGGUUUAAGCACCCUUCAGAGGGAGAGCUAUAUGCACUGGCUGGAAAGCAGAUUCCGAAGACCAGCAGGAGGGACAGGCGACAGAAUGGAUCUGGUGACAGCAAGCCGCUCACAGUGCCCAGGGACAUCAACCUUCAUCUAGAAGCUGCUCCUGUCAACGUCAUGGAUGCCCUUGUCCUGCGUUUCUUCCUGGAGUAUCAGUGGCUGAUUGACUUUGCCUUGUACGCCUUUGGUAUCUACCUGUUCACUGAGGGAUACUACUGGGUUGUGGAUGCCAGCAAGGAAGUCAACAUUGGAGCUAUCUGGUGUGUGCUGACUAUUCUAUUUUGCCUGAGGACCCUGCACAUGCUGAUGAGCCACUACUUCCGCUCGGACGAGGGGGGCGAGCGCGCAGUGUGCCUGGCCUUCGGCUUCCUGUCUCUGCUGGUGGCCAUGCUGGUGCUGGUGGUCAGAGAGGACUACCUGGAGUUUGGCCUGGAACCUGGUCUUGCUAGCUUGUUUUACAACUUGGAGGUUUUCGCCAGGCAGCAGGGAUAUGAGUGGACGGUCCCUGUCACCAAGCUGACCGUGAAGUUCGGCUUGGCAGCCUUCUGUGCAUUCAUUGGUGCCUUGCUCGCCUUUCCUGGGCUCCGAUUGGCUCAGACUCACUUGGAUGCAGUUCAGAUGAAUACUGGCCGGCCUCUAAUACAGAUCCUCCUGCACAUGAGCUUCCUGUCUCCGUUGGUGGUGCUGUUGCUGUGGGUGAAGCCCAUUGCCCGUGACUUCCUGGCGAAUGCUCCGAUGGGGAAGACCACCGUCACGUUGGUCUCCAGUUCCACGUUCAGCUCCCUGCGCCUGUGGACAGUGGUGGCGCUGUGCGGCCUGCGCCUGGCGCUCACCCGCUACCACCUGCAGGCCUACCUCAACCUGGCGCCCAAGUGGGUGGAGCAGAUGAAGAGGGAGGCUGGACGCAUCGCAGCUGUGGACAUCCAGAAAAAGGUGACCCGAGUGUUCUGCUACCUCACCGUGGUAACGCUGCAGUACCUGACUCCCAUUCUGCUCAUCCUCUUCUCAACACUGGCUAUGAAGUCUUUGGGGGACUUCUCCUGGGGACUGGCCCCGGAGGCCCCCGGCGUGACCCCCGCAGCGGUGCCCCCCACCGCGGCCCCCCUGCUGCCGGUCCUGGAGGACGAGGACGAGGGCGAGGACUUCGAGGAGGACGUCCAGGCCACGGUGGCGCGUCUCACGGAGGCCUUCGCCGCCCUGCGCGCCGUCCUGACCCCCAUCUUCUUCAGGGGCGUCUUCGCCUUCCUCACCUGGUGGAUGGCGGCCUGCCAGGUCAUCAGCAGCCUGUUUGGGAUCUACUUCCACCAGUACCUGAUGCAGAACUGAGCAGCAGGCCCUCGCCAGCUCUCCUGCUCUUAUGCGUGGAGCUCAGGACCCCCCCCCCCCCCAGGGGGAACCACAGCGCGGUUCUCCCUGACGCUGCAGCUGCAUCCGGGGACAUUUCGCCUUGCACGCGCUGACUGGGAAAGCAAAGGCACGCUCCGCGCCUACUCUGGGCCAAAGGGUCUGAUGCCAGUGCGGACAGGCGGCUGAGCCGAUGUCACGGACGUGUUGCAGCAUGCGUAUUAGGUUAGGCUUUUAACGGUUCCUUUCAAUUUUCCAAAUCCGAGGUAGUUGUUACAUUUUUAACGCAGGCUUUAUUUAAAUUUUAUCAUGAUACAUAGCCGUCCGGUUAGCUACAAUCAUGGUUUUUUUUUUUGUUUUGUUUUGUUUUGUUUUUUUGGAUCAUGGAAGUAUAAUUAUUGGGUUGAUGGGGAUGUCUUAAUUCAGCAAUGUAACAAAGUGCCUGACAACUCAGGGAUUUUCGGAGAUUGAAAGGGUUUUUUUGUUUUUUUUGGAAUGUGUGUGUGUGUGGCAGCUUCACGGAUGAUUUAAAAAAAUAUAUAUACACACAAAAAUUAUUGUAGCAUGAAGUAAGUGAAAUGUUCAGGUUUCAUUGUCUCUGAUUAUCUAGUCCUUUUCACUUGGCACAUUUCAAUGAUUGUGAACAUGGCAUAUUGGGAUAUAUCCCUUGCCAUCAAUUUCACCAAUUGUUUAAUCAAAGAAUAGAUUCAGUUAUUCAUUGUAAAUCAUGGCUGUAAGAUGUUACAUAUUUGCCAAUCGUUUUGUUGUAAUAUUUUCAUGAAAUAAGAAAUGUUUAUUUAAACUGAGCGCAUGGUGUGAAUGAACCUCAGAGCUUAAUGUUUUAAUAAGAUUACCUGGUUUGAUGAGAAUAAAAGUAUUUAAUAUUUGCAGUUUUCAGUCA